AAGACGACGACGACGACAACGAUGCCAAAUGUGGCUGGCCUGUCCAUGCUCUGUCUCGCGGCAGCGAGCGCAGCUGUUGCCGCGACGACCUUAACAGACUUGCGCGCCGUGAGACUAGCCGAUCUGAGCGUGCUUCCCCUUCCCUUUACUUCGCGCAACUACUCUUCGCCCUGGCCCGCUCUGUCCGCUGCCUCCUCUGCAGAACAACCCACGUCGUUCAAUGCGACAUUCGAGCCUUUCAAUGAUGCAGGACGCGUUAUUCUAGGUGGAUCGCCGAAGCUGACAGUGCUUGUGCACGAGCAAGACUAUGCGUUUGCCCACGAAGCGCCCGUCUACUUUAGUCGGACCGACGACGUCUUCUUCUGCUCCGACGCUGGCGGAAAGCAGGGCCGGUCCAAUGCCACGGUCAACAAUGUCGUCUGGCGCGGCAAGCUGGCAGAUCUUGUCGAGCAGGCGUCAAAUGGUACACCGACGCUGCCACAUUCGGCCCUGCGGAAGGUCAAUCUCACAGACGCAGCAGGUAGCGAGAUCCAAAUGACAAACGGAGGAACGCCGUACGGUGACGGUCACCUGCUGUUGGCCAACUCGGGCCGUGGCGAGGAACUCCCCGGGGGGCUGUCCCUCACCUCGCUUGCCCACGGCGGAGCCAGCCGGAUCUUGCUCAACAACGCCUUUGGCAAGCAGUUCAAUGCGCCAAACGAUGUCGUCGUCCACGCCUCGUCGGGGUCCAUCUGGUUCACCGAUGCUGACUAUGCCCAAACGCAGAACUUCCGCCCCGACGUCGAGCUGCCAAAGGCCACCUGGCGCUUCCAUCCGCAGACUGGGGAUUUGGACAUGGUCGAUGCCAGCAUCGUGACGCCCAACGGCCUCGUCUUUAGCCCCAAUCAACGGACGCUGUACAUUACUGAGACGGGCUCGACACAGGGCGGUGACCUGCCCAACCGACCAAAGAUUCCCGCUGUCAUCUACGCCUUUGACGUCGUGAAGGACCGCCUGGAAAACAAAAGGCUCUUUGCAGCCGUCCCAACAGGCAUCGCCGACGGCAUCAAGGUCGACAUCCGCGGCAAUGUCUAUGCAUGCACAGCCGACGGCCUCUACGCCUGGUCAUCUGCAGGCCGACUCCUCGCUCGCGUCUACAUCCCAGAUGGCGGUUGCGUCAAUCUGGCCUUUGUCGAGCCAAAGGGCCAUCUUCUCGUCACGGCUCAGACUCGUCUGCUACUCAUCGAGCUCAGCGGCAAAGAGGCAGUGGGUCCCAAGCUCGACGGCUAUCCCUCAGCAAGCAAGCGCAUCUCUCUGUAGACACUCUAUCCUUCUUCCUUAAUUUGAUUGUUCUGCCAUGCUAUCUUAC